CUCUUGCUUCCGAAGGCGAAGGCGCGGAAAACAAGGCAUUAACUUAGCGCCCUGGGACUCUAAGAGGCUCAGUAGACUUCUGCGCCUCUUAAGAGUCUCCAGCUCUGGGAAGCGGCUGUCCCCAGUUCAUCGCGGGAAUUGUGUCAGACUUUGUCGGUGUGGGGGUGGUAGGCAGAGGGACCAAGGUUGGCCCUCUCGGCCCCCGCAUCCCAGCAGGGUUAGCUGCGGACAGCGCACUCUUCUGUUGCAACUCCUCCCUCACCAGACACUUCUCGGAAAUGGAGCAGUCACAGUGUGGCAGUAGAGACCGCAGCCGCAGCGGCCCACCCCACCUAGCUCCGGGACUGGUGGUAGCGGCCCCUCCGCCCCCGUCUCCAGCGUUACCGGUACCCCCGGGGAUACCCGUUCCUCCAACUUUCCUGCGCCCGUCCAGCCUCUUUCUGAGGGCAGCCUCCACCGCCGGAAGCGGAGGUUGCCUGCCGCCUGCCGAACUGGAAAGGGGGGUGGGCGCUGUGGCCGGUGGCUACCCACGGACACCCAAGUGCGCCCGUUGUCGCAACCACGGAGUGGUGUCAGCCCUCAAGGGCCACAAGCGCUUCUGCCGCUGGCGGGACUGCGCGUGUGCCAAGUGCACCCUGAUCGCAGAGCGCCAGCGUGUCAUGGCCGCACAGGUGGCGCUGCGCAGACAGCAGGCCCAAGAGGAGAGCGAGGCUCGGGGGCUGCAGCGGCUUCUGUACCCUGGACCCUUAGGACCAGGGGCUCGGUCAUCCGGAGGCAGCAGCAGAACGGAGACUUCCCAGACAGCCUCGAGCGGCCCUGCGACGGUGACUGCUCUGGGACUGAGUGCCUCGAGAAAGGCUAGUGGUCUGGCGACCCCUGUUUUCGAAAUUUUCCAGCCAGAUGAUGUAGAGGAAAAACAAGGACAAAAGGAGAGUAAAUGUGACUCAUGCCAGAGUGGACAAGAAGAACUGGGGUCUAAAUCCCAUCAGUUUACCCUGAGAUCAUCUCCUAAGUCUAAUGAUGUCGCUGGAAAACAAAACAUCAGGUCAUCUAUUUCAGAAAACCCAAACAAGGAUGAUAGCAUUCAGUCUCUUCAUCCUGGGGAGCAGUCAGGAGGGGAAGAGAGUCCCAGGUCCCUGUCAUCCUCUGAUUUGGAAUCAGGAAAUGAAAGUGAGUGGGCCAAAGACUUCACUGAUUCUACAGCCAGCCAUCCCACUGUGUCCUCUAGACCAAGAGACCCUCUUGAUAUCCUUACCAAGAUUUUCCCAAGUUACAGACGCAGCAGGCUAGAAGGCAUUCUGCAGUUCUGCAAAGGGGAUGUGGUCCAAGCUAUUGAAGAGAUCCUAAAUGGAAAAGAACACAAACCAGACACCAGGGACCUAGCAAAUUCAGGACCAUUGGAAAACACAGCUUUUCCGAGAGUUUCGAAUUUUAGUUUAGCUGGAAUUGGUUUUGGAACUCUAGGAAAUAAAUCAGCUUUCUCUCCCCUUCACACUACUUCUCCUUCUUAUGGAAGUGAUUCAAGUCUCUACAGCUUAAAUCCUAGACUAGGUAUCAGUCCAUUUCGGCUGGCAUAUUCCUCUCCAGGGAGAGGACUGUCUGGUUUCAUGUCUCCCUAUCUGACUCCUGGGUUGGUACCAGCAUUGCCUUGUAGGCCAGCUUUGGAUUAUGCUUUUUCAGGAAUGAUUAGGGAUUCUUCUUACCUUCCCAUCAAAGACUCAGUAACUGGUAGCAGACUGUAUUCCAGGCCAAAUCAGAGUAACCUGUAAUGCAUCUGCCUACCUCCCUUUCUGGAGUAUUUCUAGAAGCAUGCACUACAACUCACAUACCCACAUCUAUUAAUGUGUUUACUAUGUAUGGGAGUGGAUUAUCAGUCUUUAAAAAUGCUAUUUUUUUUACAAGCGAUAUAAUAGAUUUGAGAUCUAAAGACUCUUCUUUAGCAUUUAUUAAGUGAAAGAAACAUUUAAACAUCAUGUGUGCCUUGAAUAAAACCAUUUCAGGAAAUAUUUUUACUUUAAUGAAUUUUCUCCCUAAGAUAUCAGUUGUAAAUUCCUAAUUUAAAACUAUACUUGUUUUUAGUUCAUUGAAAAAAUGGAGCAUAUAAUUAUAGCAUACAUUAUGAAGCAGUCUAGCAUUAUAUAAAAUGAGCUGGAAGUAAGAAUUGAAAAAUUGAGGUAAUUCUAAAUAUUAUUCUAAACUUUUUUUCCUCUUUCUGUUUCAUGUACACAAGAGAGAUGAAAAGUAUUCAAAGUAUUUUAAAGUAUUUUAUUCACAUAUAAAUGAUUAGUAGUUAGUAAAACUUUUGAGAAAUUUAAGUCCUUAUUUUUUUCUGAAUGCCUUGUUUUUCAUUCGUAUCUGCCAUUGGUAAUAAGUGCCAUUAAUAAAGCAUUUCUGUUUAAAGGAAACUUUUUGUGAGUUAAACAAAGGUCUGUGAAGUAAAUCUUAGGAAAUGAGAAUGCUCCAUCUCCUGGCCACUAUCACUAAUUGCAGCUAAGUUCUGGUAGCAUGUAGAAAUUAGAUACAAAUGGUUCCUAAUAGUAUGAUGUAACCAUUUCUUGGAAAUGCUUAUUUUGGAUCAUGCUCUAUUGAAUUUUUAUAUUAUAAAAUGAACAUCUAAUGAGGAUGAGGAUUUAAAGCUUUCAGUAGGCUUAUGCUUUUAUCUGGGGAAAUAACCUUUUCCAUAUGUUUGUGGCAAGACUAUGGCAGCCAUUCUCAAAGGUAAAAAUCAUUUUAUUCAGAAAACUUAAAUAGUUGCUCAUAUGAAUAUUAAUUGACUCUAGAUAGAUAAUGCUUAAUGCAUUGAGGAGAUAAAAGAUUUCCAAGGGGAAAAAUUGUCAGUAAAUUUUAAAGGUUUUCUUGAGAUUUUAAAAGUACUUUUGUUCUCCAUCUAGAGAAUUUGAGUUAUUUAUUUUAGUCAGUGGGAAGUCCCUGAGAACAAAACAAUUUUAGGAAAUUUUCUUUAUAUGUCAUCAUUUAUCUUUUAAAGGAUUGGAGCUCUAUUCUGUUGAUAGGAAUAAAUGGAAAUCCAGCUGUGGUGUAAAAUAGUUGAUGAAUUAGAGACAG